CUACUGCAUUAAAUAGAACACCAAACAAAGAAUUGAUACUGAAACAACUGCUUCAAGCGAAUUUUGUUAGCUUACUUUCAUUUCGUCAGUUUCACUACAACCGCUGAUGAUGGCGCAUCGUUUUCGUUCAAUGGCACUCCAAGCUCUGCAUUCAAUCCACACAUGCUGCUCGUCGCGGGCACUCCUUUGUUUGGCCAGUAGCUUUGUUGGAGCAACGUUUGCCUUUUGUUAUCUACUGCCUGCAUAUUGGGACUACCAUCAGUUUUCCUCUCAUCUCUCACAGGUAGCAGAUGUGUCUGGCACGGUGACAACAUGUCCGUGUCAAACUGAUCGUAAGAUCAUCAUUCUCUACUGGACAAAAUAUUUUCGGUCGACGGAUUUUGGCUUCGGCAUGGGACUGACACCCUUCCACGAGUGUCACACGAAUCAAACCAGUAACAGAAGAGGAUGUUUAACGACAACGGAUCGAAGUUUCGUGAAUGAUAGCGACGCCAUCCUCUUUCACGCACGUGACAUUAACAUCAACGAUUUGCCUCCGGCCGGAUGGAGGCGACCGCAUCAAAAUUACGUCUUUCUCCUUUACGAGUCGCCAGUCAACACGAAUCUAAACAUGUUGCGACAACCUUUAUUCCGCAAUUAUUUCAAUAGAACAAUGACUUAUCGUCGCGAUUCGGACGUCGUCGAUUUGCAUCCGUACGGCCACAUGCAGUGCAUCGACGCUGCUUCACCAUCGUGUUCCAAAUUGCCACAAACUGCUGAUGCAAAGAAGCCAAACAUCGUCCAAGAGAACGACGAUUCCACGUCGGUUCCCGUCAAAAUAGACUUGACAUUGAAAAAUUGGACUGUCGCCUGGUUCGUGUCGAAUUGCGAGACAAACAGUCGGCGUGAAUUGCUGGCCCGUAACCUGUCGCACUUCAUUCCAGUCGAUAUUUUCGGCCAUUGUGCAAACGCAAACAACAUCACCUGCUCCGAUCGGGCUGCAUGCGACGAGAAACUGAGUCGUCAUUAUCGUUUCUACCUCAGUUUUGAGAACUCUUUGUGUUUAGAUUACGUCACUGAGAAACUCUACCGACCUUUGCAACACAAUGCAGUCCCAGUCGUUUACGGAGGUGCUGACUAUUCUUUGUAUCUUCCGGCUGGAUCGUACGUGAACGCCAUGGAUUUCGGCAGUCCUGAGCGCCUUGCCGAUCACUUGAACAAACUGAUGGGAGACGACGAGCUGUACCUGACGUACUUUCGCUGGAAGUCUAAAUACGCAGUCGAAAGAAGAGCGAAAGACGCAAUGUGCCAACUGUGUCAAUUACUUGGUGAUUCCAAAACGAAAGAAAAGAGUUAUGCAGAUAUUGCUGAGUGGUGGGCAGGUAACAAGACUACCAAUCCAAUUUGCCGGUCGCCACCUGCAACACUUGUUUAGUUGAACAAUCAGCGCAAAGGGUUUGCAACCUAAGGAAAUGCCCCACCUUUCUUUUUCGUUCCACAGUUGGGCCACCAGCGAGAUUGCCCUCGCCGUAGGAUACGGAGGUAAACAGCGUAUCUGAAAUUGCAUCACACAACAACCAUUACUAUUAUGGAAUCGGACGUAGGUAGUAUACAAGAGAAUCAGAUAAAAUUGCAACGCCGUCGGCAAAACAGAGAAUCCUUCUUUUUUCUACGUUCUCCAAAAAUAACCCGUCAUGUUUUGAAUGAAAAUCUCAUUAUAAAAGCCAAGCGUUGCCUGAAGGUGACCCAAUCAUUCUUACGAAUUUGUUUUGUGAGCAUAUUAAUUAGCAGUUUUGUCAGCGAACGCAACUCUUGUUGAUAUUUUCUUCAAUGAUAAUAAAGGAGAUGAAAUACUA